CGUGCUGCUGACGUCAUGUCCGCUCCAUCCGUGAGGAAGAAGAAGUCAUUUGCUCGUAGCUACAAGUCAAGCGUCAGGAUAUGUAUUCGAGAACAGAGAAUUGACAUAACCAUGUCAUCUCCAGAGAUGUGCUGGCCGGUGCCGAUGCCGGCCAUCGGGGCUCAGAACCUCCUCACCAUGCCAGGAGGGGUUUCGACUUCGGGAUACCUCCACAAGAAGGGAGGCAGCCAGUUCAGCCUCAUAAAAUGGCCACUGAGGUACAUCAUCAUCCACAAGGGCUGCGUAUACUACUUUAAGAGCAGUACCUCUCCUGUACCACAAGGGGCGUUCUCUCUCAACGGCUACAACAGGGUUAUGAGAGCAGCAGAGGAGACGACAUCCAGCAACGUGUUUCCCUUCAAGAUCGUCCACUUCAGUAAGAAACACAGGACGUGGCUUUUAUCUGCAGCCAGUGAGGACGAGAGGAGGAAAUGGAUGCGAUACCUGCGGAGGGAGAUAGAUCAUUAUAACGAGAUAAAGGAGUCCCACAUUCCAAGUAAUUCAGAUUCAGAUACCGAGAGUUUCUAUGGCACGGUUGAGAAGCCUAUGGAUAUCAAACACCACGUCGAUAACGCAGCUGAUGAAUAUGGAGAGGAUGACGACGGUGAUGAUGAAGAUGACUAUCUGGAGCCAGACAGCGACUAUUUGUCGACAUCAACCUCUUCAGGUCGACCCGCGGGUCCGCCCCCCUCCUAUCCGCCUCCCCCGGUGCCGGUGUCAUUCCAUCUCCGUCAAAACUCCAGUCCAGGUUUCCACAAAGGCCCACCUCCUUCCAUCCCUCUGCUACACAGGAUCCCAACCAGCCCACUGCCCAAAGAACCCCUGUUCUGUGUCCCCACUCCCUCCAUACUGAAGGACCCUUCCAAAGGCAUGGCUCCUCCUCUCCCAUUCGCCCCCCACCUGCUCAAGUCUGUGUCUCCCACCCCCCCACCUCCUCCUCCCCCCAACGCAAAGAGAACGUUCAGGGUGACAUCCGUUGGGGGACCUGGGAACGACAAGAGAGACUGGAGGCCUCUGCCGGGCAUUUCGGUCGAAUCCCCCAUCACUCUGCCUAUCUGUGACCAAUUGGAGACCAGGAUGGUCUUAAAUGGCCCCGCCCACUGCUCACUUCACACUGGCGGGAGCCAAUCCGUGGGCAACAACAACCACAGGGGGAUGAGCAAUUACCGUAGCCAGCCAAGCCUACCUCCUCUGUAUAACAUCGGAGUGUCCUCCCUCAGACCUGUGAUGUCAGACUCCCUCUUCCUUAGCAAGACGUCCUCCAGUCACCCCCCACUGCCGGGUCCCCCUCCACACUCUCCUCUGCUUAAACCUGGACUUCAUAACAAGCCAGGGAUACCCAAACCUCCUCCGCUAACAGCCAAACCCCCAUUGCCUGCAGUCAAGUCCAGGCCGCCAGGAAUCCCACAAAGAGAGUCUCCGGACGGCCAGAGCUUCCGUUUGUCGGGAGACGAGACGCCGACAGGAUUCAGGAGUAAACGAGACUCAGACAAGUCUGAUGACGACUACGAGAACAUGCAGCUGCCAAACUCUGUGUUCAUUGAUACAACUGAAACCAGCUUUAUAGAAAAGUUGUUCAGAGAGAGUGCCCUGCCUCUACAGGAUGGACUGUACUGCAUCCGAAACUCAGGAACCAAAAUUGCAAAGGUGUUGGUGGUGUGGGAUGUCAGUAUAGACAAAGCCAGGAACUAUCGACUGUUUGAAGAGGAGGACCGUACGUUUCUGGACAACGAAGUCACCUUCCCCACUCUGUCGGCUGUGAUCGAACACUACUUUCGCCAUCCUCUUCCUCACCACGGCUCACUUUGCCUGCAGAAGCCCUACACAAAGACAGUGGGCCUCUGAUCAACGCCGUCAAACCAAAAGGGGAGCGGAGAGUCGGGGCCUUCCCUGCAAGUGAAAUCCGUCUCCGCCCACCAGCGGGAGCGUGGCGAUGAACUCGCUCACACAGAUGAAAUAACUGUCACAUUGCAUCAGAAUAGAUCGUGCCUCUCACUGGGAAAUGUCUGAAGCACAAUCCAUUAGCCAGUCUGAUUUAUAUUGUCCUCGUGGGGGCGCUGUGACACUAUAUGGCAAGAAAAAGGAGAAGAAAAGUCCAUCCAGCUUCAUGUGAAAUGGGGUUUUACCUGCAGUUCCUUUGGGUCUGUGCCACUUGUGGAGAAGUCAAGUCCCUGUUUGUACUGCAAAUACCUGUUGAUGUGACACAGCGUUUGAACUGCCAAAUCCUGUUGAUGUGACACAGCGAGACCAUCCCGCCACUAGUGAUAAAACAUUACAUUUUUACAAAAAGGACAAUUUAGGUGGAAUCAACCAAACAGUAUUUCAAUCAGGGAAGACCCGUUAAAUGAAGUAAGGAUGUUUAUUGUUAACAUGUGAUGUGCAAUGAUGAAGUCUCAGAGUCUUUAGCGCUUGGAUUCUACGGGGAGAUUUGUAGUUGAGGGCCAACUGCCCCGAUCAGCAACGAGAUAGAUGUUGUUGAUGUCCCCUCCCCUUCUGGAUAUUGUCACGUGCCCAGUCCAAGUCUAUCAAAAGUCAAAGUCAAAGUCAGUUUUAUUUGUCAAUUUUCCAUAUGUGCAAACAUACAGAAGAUCGAAAUUGCGUUUCUCUUCUGUCCAACAUAAAGUGAAUUGUGCAACAUAUAGACAACAUAGAGUGCAAAAAUAGUAAAAAACUUGUGAACAUAUAGACAACAUAAAGUGCAUAGACAACAUAAAGUGCAAAAAUAGUAAGAAACAUGUAAACAUAUAGACAACAUAAAUUGUGCUAGCAGCAUUCAGACAUGCAAGUCUGAAAGAGGACGAGCUGGUGGCAUUUUAAUGAGUUGUUGAAAUGCACAGCUCCAGGGUUCUUUUGAUCGUUCGUACGUUACUGAGAUGCGGGUGUGUUUCGUAUGAAAGCAAAGCACAGAGGCAUUUGCUCAUACAUAUGGCUCCAUUUGUGUUAGAAGUAAUGAUAUCGUUGAUAUCAAAUGUUUUUACAUGAACCCGGAUGAGUAAAUGUUUGGCCUUGAAAAGUGACAGUCAAUCGUACGCAAUGUGCACACGACAAGAAAGGAGUAGAUUGUUCUGGAGUGAGCUCAUCUCUUUCUAUGAGUUUGUGAAUGUUUCGACCAGACUGUCCACAAUGCCUGGAGAAUAAUUUAAAAACAGAAUUUGAGGAUUUUUAUCAGAAUUCCAAAAAUGCUCAAACCCACAUUUGCCCAAAGGAGAGUAGUUUAUAAUGCAGAUGAUGCUUACAUUAUCUGAAUCAUUCCUUCAGACAAGAAUAAUGCUCAGGCUGAAUCCAAAAUGUCGUGAAGAACUUUUUGGAUUAUGUUUAUAAUCGACAGAGCUAUAACUAUCUUGUGGAUGCUACUGCCAACAACUGGAUCGGUAUUUGAUGGCAACAUCUUUAUAUAUUUCACAAAUCUGAAACAAGCCGGUCUUCCUGACUACACUUGUCUGUGUAAUCAAUGGGAAACACAUAUUUAUUUACUGUGCAGAAGACAUGCACCAAGCCCAAAAACUGUAAUUGAGAUUUUAGCCUCCCACAUGGGGCAUGUCAAACUUCAAUAUGUUGUACUUUUUCUUGCAAGUCCUUGGAGCGUAGAAGACAUCUUAUUAAUGGUGUAAAUUGUCGGAUUGAUCAUGAAGACAUUUUAUUUUGAUUCCUUCUCAACUGUUAAAAUGUUGACAUUCUUCUAAUACAGUUUGCACAGCACUGACAUUAACACUGUAACAAACUAUAUGUAUAUAUUAAUGUUGUAAGUACUGUACAAAAAAAGAGGUAAAUGUAUAGUUUUCUACAGAAAUAUAUGAGAGUGUAUAAAGGAUCAAUCAGUG